UGUCAUUCACUUGUGUUAAUGUUAAAUUAAUGAGUCAGUGUGGCUCUUAAACAUUAUUUCUUACACCUAGUUUGAAGCAAAAUACACCAGUGAUGCAAUAAAUUAAAAAUAUAACAUCACACAGUAGGAGGAACUAACAAGAAGGCAGGGUUGAAGUGCUGUAUUUGCAUGUUGCAUACACUCAUAGAAAGAACCAGACUUGACAGUAGCUCAUAUGUUUGAAGUCUACUCACUCACAGGCAUGGCUGCUCAUCUCAUCAUUCUUCUUCUCUUCAGUGUGCUCAAAGGAGUUCACAGCAUAACUACAGUCAGUAAAGUAUCAGUGAAAGCUGGAAAAUCUAUCUCCAUCCCAUGUCUAUAUGAGUCCCAAUACAUAAACCAUGUGAAGUACUUGUGUGAAGGUUAUUAUUGGAACUUCUGCAGAUAUGCAGUAAAAACAAACAAACCAGACCCUUCAGGAAAAUAUUUAAUCUCUGAUGACAAAAAACAGAACAUUUUUACUGUGACUAUAAACCAGCUGACAAAUGAAAACACUGAUUACUGGUGUGUGGUGGAGAUUAAUAAUGGAGAGGAUUAUCCACAGUAUUUUCACCUGUCAGUUACCAGAGGUACCCCCAGUCUCUAUGUGGAUCAUCAGAGGAUUACAGGAUAUAUUGGAGAAAGCAUAACUAUUAGAUGUAACCACAGUAACUCUGGAGAAAUGAAGUGGUGCAGGCUGGGCAGGAACUGUGUGACAGGAUCAUCUGGAUCCAUAGAUGGAACAACAGUGACCACUCACAUGAGCGACCCAAAUGUUUUCACAGUGACCAUGAGUGGACUAAGGUCAAAGGACAGUGGCUGGUAUUGGUGUGCUAAAGCAGACAUUCAGAUACCAGUAUAUUUAACUGUUACAGAGAACACUACCACUACCCCUACUACUGCUACUACUAGUACUACUAUCUCUACUACUAUUCAUACUGUUGCUGAAAAUGGAACAAUGGAACAAGGGAAAACUUCUACAAUAGGAGAAAAUAAACAACACAGAGAUUCAUUUGCCCCAAGGAUCCUCAUCAUCCCUCUGAGUGUGUUGAUCUGGAUUGUAAUUGUGGUGUUGUUCAUCUGGUUUAUACUGAGACACAAGCAGAGGAAAGCAGACUCAUCAGUCACGCCAACGGCUGAAGAGGAAAUAAUAUACUCUGAUGUUAGACCCAAAAAAAGAAGUUUAGCCAAGGUGGACAAGGAAGUAACAUACUCUGAAGUUAGACUCUACAAAAAAGGGAAGAGUUCAUUUGCUGAAAGUGAAACGGAAAUCUUGUACAGUUCUGUUGUUAGGAAACAACGCAUGAAAAGGGUAAAUAUUACAAGACCUGAACCCAACCACACACUGUAUCUCACCUCCUUUAUUUCCUUCACUUCAAAUCAUUCUGUUUGUUAUCCCAGUGUCAUGCUUUCCUUUUAAUUCGAUCACAUGUUUCUUUGCUUUUUCUUCUUAAUUUCCCAACAAAUGUUCAUAAGAUUUGUUUCUGUUCUCCAACAGGGUGACGGAAAAGACACAGGAGUUACAUUAGAGCACAUUAGCUAGAAUUUAAAAGAUUAAAUAUUAAAACAUUUGCAAUUUUAUCUAUUUUAUCUGUACCUAUGUUACUGGAGUCUUAUGGUGCAAUGUCUUAUCUGUUGCCAUCAGCUUGUUAUUAGUAAAUCUUUUCUUCUUCUUGCUAACUUUUUUCCUGCGUAGCUGUAAAAUGGCUCAAAGAAGCAUUGACCUGUUUGUUUGCUCUUUUUCAGGAUCAUUAAUAUGAUUCUUGGUUCUUGUAUUGUAAGCAUCAACAAUAAUGGAUAAUCUUGACUUUUUAAUCUAUAUUAAACAUUUUUGUUUUGUGCUUUAAACCGUUGCGUUAUUCAUUCUAUUAUAUAUUAUAUAAAUGUAUUUUUUGUGACUAUAGUUGAAAGAAAAAGUGCCUGUCAAUAGAAAAGCUGUAUAAGCAACAGCAGGGAUUUUAAGAUGAGAGUGGACUGAUAUAUAGGCAAGUAUUGGGCCACACCUAUUAAUUUUUUCAGUUUAAAUGUUUACAGUCCAUUGCAACAGGUGGAUAAAAUCAAGCACCUAGCCAUGCAGUCUGCCUUUUUAUACCUUUUUGAAAGAAUGGGUCAUUCAAAAGAGCUCGCCAAAUUGGUACUGUAGUGUUACGGUAAUAAGCUGCCACAGUUGCACCAUGUAAAUUUUUUAUUAUUUCCUAGAUAUUCCACAUAUAGUUGUAUUGAAGCAUUUAGGAACCACAGUAUCUCAGCCAUGAAGUUUCCGACGAUGUAAUUUUACAGACCAGGGUAUGAGUGGCGAUGCAUAUAAUACAUAAAAGUUACCAACAGAGCUUGAAGACUCCUUUGACAUUAACAUCAGCACAAAGAACUGUGCUCCUGAGCUUCGUGGCAUGUCUGAGCAGCUCCUGUAGGUGUAAUUGUUGGCCCAGUACUUUUUCCAUGCUGUGUAUUUCAGUAUCAUAUCUGAAUAUAUGCAUACAACAUGGGUUAAAAAAAAGUAACUUAUUGCUGUCAUGUUUUAAGUAACUCAGUUCACAAAAAGGAAAGGCAGGACUACACUGGAUAAUUGUUGAUUAUAUUUUAUGAUUAUAUAUAUUUUGUCAUGGUCCCGGGACUCCUACCCGGUAUUUUGUAUUUCUUGUAUUGUUGUCAUUUGAUGUUAUUAUGUUUUAGGUCCACUGUUUAUUCUAAGGGUGCCUAGGUUGUUCUGUUAAGGUGUUUAUUAGAUUUCCCCUCAUGAAUUUACCCUAUGUGUCCCCCUCCAUGUAUCUGUGAGUCCCCAUGCCUCGUUUCUCCUCCUUGUGUUUUAUUCCAUGUUUUCCCCAACCCAUCAUGUCUGUGCUCUCCCCGUGUUCUCUCCUCCCCUCCUGUCUGAAAAGAACUGUCUCUGUCGUUCUCCCUUCUCUGAACUGUGUUAGACAGCACACUGUUCCACAAGAGAUGGUUACUAGUGUUGUGUUUUGAAACUGCUUCUGUGACUGUCUCUGAGCUAAUCUCUUCCAGGAUUGCUAACUCUCACCUGGAGAGUUUAAAAGUAGUGGAUUUUCUAAGACCAGCCUGCCUUAAAUCUAUAUCCCCUAAAACAGUUUGGCACCAUUAACCUUGUUUAUCUAGUGACUGUUACUGUUCCUGAGCUCCGCUCUCCGCUCUCCACCUCCAGUUCCUGUUCCCAGGGCAGCUCGGGCCCAGCUUUCCCUUGCACCAGUAUCAGUUCAUCGGGUGAGGGUGGCUGAGGUCCAGCUGGUCCCUGCUUCUGUCCCCAGGCUG